UUAAAUCAAAAAUACCAAAGAACGAAUGCAAUACAAUCAAGUUGGCAGGUCAAAUCCAUUUUAUUGUUUACCAAUUGAAAUAUAUUUUUAUAAAUGGAAAACAAAUGCUAAUUUAGCAUAAUUAAAACGAGAAAAUGCAAGAAUUUACAGCUAAACGCGAUGCACUAUUCGCGUGCCUGGAUGAUGCCAGCAAAGAAUUGAAGGGCACGGCAUUGGACCAGACCAAGGCCAAAUCGUACUCGGUCAGCGCUCUCGAAAGAGGAAAUAAAUCCGGAAACAGGCCCGGAUCCGGAUCUGGACAGGUGAUGAACUAUCGUCACGGCCGCAGCAUUGAUACCGGCCUCGAUCCGGAGGAUGGUAGACUUCGUAAAAUGCGCGGUAAGGAGAGCAUUUUUAAAAAACCGGAAUUGCCCAUCGGUCGUUGCUUGAAGCCCAGGAAAACCCCAGAUUAUCAGAUCAAUCCCCACAAAUGGAAGAAAUACUCGCUAGAAGAUGUGGAUAUCUCCGACCAGAGCAACUCAGCUGCCGCACUAUCCUUCCUACGUGAAAUGGACGCCAAGAAAGAAGCCGUCUUGGGAGAUUGUGAAUCCAAAGGAACAAUUGGCAAAAUCGAGUUCAAGAAGACCAGCAAGCUGAACCGAAACCUCAAAAAACUUCAGCAGGAGGAGGUCCAGGAUGUGGAGUUGGACAAGCCCCAGCUAAGAGGCUCCAAGCUUGUUAUGCCGGAGUACGUAAUUGGCCAAAAAUCGCGAUCCCAGAAGAAAGCCAAGCCCAAAGCAAGCCAGAGCCGUGCCUCUGGAACAUUGCAACUGUCCCAUUUGGAGGACGAAGAUGAAAUGGAUGAGUAGAUUACGUCAUUAGACUUUAAAACGUAUGCUUAAGAACUAGUUUCCUACCUUUCAUCAUCAACCACCCAUGUAAAUAGAUCUUCAAAAAGA